AGCGGACCCAGAUAUUACAGGGGAUCGUGCUCUCUGCUUCUCCACAUUCUCCAUACCUCGACUGGAAACACCCUUGUCGUAUCGGAUAUUGUUCCCUUCCAUCCUUUCCAGAUGCCCUCCCAAGCCCCGACAGCCAAGUCAAGCAAUAUCGCAUCUUGAAGUUAUAAACCCUCAUCCUCCUUCCAUAAUUUCCCUUGUGUCUGGGUUGAUCCCUUCAUCACGCCACCCCUCUAACAAGCUAUAUUGCAAUACAGACCUACUUAUAUAACAUUGUUGAAUACUUGAUCGACUGCAAGCAGUCCCUCUAGAUCUCUCACAUCGUUGUAUAUAACACGAACUAUCAACAAAAAGCAUAGUUCAUACCUGCCAUCCUGCUUCGGUAUCUACUCAAGAGCCCUUCCUCAAGCCUUGCCACUUCUUCCCAGGUCCCUUCAUCAAUUGCAUAUAUUUUCCCCCGCUUGAAAGCUCUCUUCUUUUCUUCCGGUCAGCAUGGCGCCGGCAACAUCUCCGGUCCCUACUCAGGGCAUGUUCCAUACAUUUCAAGGAGUCACGCCCCGCAAGCAAACGUCUGAAGCUCCUGGGAGUCCAAAAACUGCCAACCCAGUCAGCAAUUCUAAGCGCAUCACCACACCUCACGCCUGUGCAGAGUGCAAAAGACGCAAGAUCCGAUGUGAUGGACAGCAGCCUUGCGGUCAAUGCCUAUCAAGCCGUGCUCCCAAGAGGUGUUUUUACGACAAGCACAGGCAGCGGGUUAUCCCAUCAAGGAAGACGCUAGAAGCACUUUCCCAGUCAUUAGAGGAAUGUCGAUCCAUUCUCAAAAGACUAUACCCGAACCACGAUGUCCAGUCUCUGUUGCCCAUGUCCCGUCAUGAUCUCCUCGAUCUGCUCGAUCGCCCAGGACUCGAAACCACCGCCGCGGCUCUUCCGUCACCACCUUUAAACACCUCGCCGCUCAGUGACGACAUUCAGUCCCCUCUCUUCAUCAAGCCAGACCAGGUUCUUUCGAGUCUCGAGCAGAUGCCAUCCAGAGACGCGGAAUGGGACGAAGAGCGCAGGGAGAGAGAUGCCAUUCCGGCAGAGGCCGAUGAUGUUAACGCAUUGUCCCUCACCAUGGAUCGACAGGCUUCGUACCUUGGAGCUUCAUCUAUCAAGGCGGCCCUGAUGGUUAUGCUCAAAGUUCAGCCUGGACUGAGGAGCACUCUCUCGGCGCCGCUCAACACUGGCGAGAUGCCGCACAACUACCCGUCUACCAAGUCGAGGGCUGGCACCCACAAGGACCCCCAGCGGAUCCCAUGGUCCUGGAAGGGCCAGACACUGAUAGAUGCCUUUUUCAAGCGGAUUCACGUCUUUAUCCCCAUGCUGGAUGAGACAACCUUUCGCGCCGACUAUCUGGAGGGCCAGCGCUUCGACGCCCCAUGGCUAGCUCUCCUCAACAUGGUGUUCGCCAUGGGCAGCAUCGUUGCCAUGAAGUCGGAUGAUUACAACCAUGUCACCUAUUACAACCGCGCAAUGGAGCACCUUCCCAUGGAUGCCUUUGGAAGCAGCCACAUUGAGACUGUACAAGCUCUUGCAAUCAUUGGUGGCUACUACCUGCACUACACUAACCGCCCCAACAUGGCCAACGCAGUGCUUGGAGCUGCCAUCAGGAUGGCGAGUGCUCUUGGUCUCCACCGAGAGUCUCUGACCCAGAGUGCCGGCGAUGUGCUCGUGGCUGAGACUCGGAGACGCACCUGGUGGGUCUUGUUCUGUUUGGACACAUGGGCAACUACAACCAUUGGUCGACCAUCAUUUGGUCGCUGGGGCCCUGCUAUCAACAUUCGGGUGCCCGAAUUUGGCAUCAACGCUGCGCGAGACUCGACACACCAUGCAGGCAUCCUGCCAAUGAUCGAGAACAUCAAGUUCUGCAAGAUCUCAACCCAAAUACAAGACAUGCUUGCCGUCUCGCCGCUACUAAGGACAGAUGAUCGUUGCCAUUUGGACGCUGCCCUGGUAGACUGGUACGCCAACAUGCCAUGGCUCCUUCGCACGACGGACCCCUGCGCAGAGCCUCUAUACAUUGCACGAUGUGUCAUGAAGUGGCGAUACCAAAACCUUCGGAUGCUCUUGCACCGACCAGUGCUCUUGAGUCUUGCCUCGAGUGGCUCGACCCACGCAGCGGAGCACGACAUUGCAGCCAUUGAAACCUGCAGGGACCUGGCACAGCAAACAAUUGAAGACAUUGCCAGGGAAUGGACCCGCAAUCAAAUGUCUGGGUGGAACGCAGUCUGGUUCCUGUACCAGGCGGCCAUGAUCCCAUUGGUAUCAGUAUUUUGGCAGUGGAACAGCGCGCGAGUGCCCGAGUGGCACAAGCAGAUCGAGACGGUCCUAGAACUCCUCGAUGCAAUGGAAGACUGGUCUCUUGCAGCGAGGCGCAGUCGCGAGGUCGUAUUUCGCAUGUACGAAGCAUCACGCAAUCUGCAGAGGCAGCAGCAGCACCACCGUUCACAGAGCCCAGCCGACUCUACAACAUCAUCACAUCACAUGGGAAUGCCGGGCGGGCGCACUUCCCCAAGAUUGAUCAUCGGGCCAUCGGCAGAUACUGCCGUUGAGAUGCCACACAUGUCACCGAUCGGCAUAGUUGACCCCGAAAGUAUUAUGGGAAUUAUGGGGGUCUCAGAUCAGCAGAGCCUUUGGGAUCUGGAUGGUAUGCUCUGGGGACAGCACGACGAAUUUGACGCCGGUGCUUACGGAUUUCACGAUAACAUGAUGAUGAGUAUGGAUUACAACAUGAUGGGAAAUGACAUCCCAGUCACGACGGCCGCAGCCUUGGACCACGGCUAUCCCUAUGUCCAUUAGCGCAUUGUUUUAGCUAGUGCGCUAUUGUUUAGGUACUACCAACAAAAAAUUUCAUCUGAUUCUACGGAAAAAAAAAAAGAUGUCGUCCAGUCUUACCCCGCAGAAACGGCACACAAUGGGGAAGGGGAAAGUUGGAGUGUGGGGUUCUGAGCAUGACAGCGCAUAGCUGUCAAGGGUGUGCAGCCGCCGGUACUUGCUGGGAGCACCACAUAUGCACACGCCCCUGGGGGGGACGACUCAAAACCUGCAGCUGGACUGACGGGAAAACUGUUCCUGGGCGGGUGGUUUGGUGGGCGUGUCCGGUUAUUCUUUUUUGGAUCUUUUCUGCUUGGAGGCGGCAUUUGUUACAUUCGUUCUCGUUCUUUUUCUUUCAUAUUCUUGCCCCCUCAUUGUACAGAUGGCAUUUUCCGGGGUGCACUAUUCGGAGAACGCGGGGUGCAGAUGGAAAGACAACUGUCAUCUAUCUGGUCAACUCUCGUGGCAGUAGUGCACUGGGGGGGUUUUUUUUUUUCUUUCCAUGGACAGGCAUACCAUGGUUCUUGUGUAAGCGGACGUUGAAAAUACCCGAAAUGAGUAACGAGAUACAUACAUAACGGCACAUCUUCUUUCUAAAUGAUACCACUUUCUUUUUUUCCCCUGUCAUCAUACAUUCAAAUCCCUCUCCCAUUCUUUUAGGAAAAAAUCAAGAGAAAAGUUUUUAUGAUCUCCACCCUUUCGGGGGGAAAAAAUGUACAGGCCGAAAUCACGAGCGUUUACCGGCGGCUACUGAACGUCGCUUAAAAAAUUGUAUUCGUAUAUACAUACCUUACCUAGGUACAUAACCAAAUCUCAGGAACAAUAUGAGCUUGUCUAGUCUAGUCUUAAUCUAGACUAGUUUCUGGUUCUCUUUAAAUUGGAGACGUAGAGAAUAAAGUGACGACGCAGCAUUGAAGGAAACGGAAUAAUUACAUGGACGAAGCCAGUGGCAAACAACCAGCAACAACUACCCUUACCUAGUUCUUUUUUUCCCAAUGCAACAAAGCCAUCUCUCGUGUCAUGGACUUGGUUGAUG